CGGCCCCGGGCCCCGAGCCCCCGCCGCAGCCGCUCGCCUCCCCGGGGCGCGCCGCGGCCGCUCCGGCUGCUUCUGCCAAAAUAGAUGGGGACGGCCUCUUGACCAUCACCCGCCCCACGGUCGCCCCGAGGCACCUGGCCCGGGGCCCGACCCCACGGCCACUGUGUGGGACCUUGACCUUCGGGACGGCCAUGGAGGCCAGCGGGGAAGAGGGUGCCACAUAAGCGGCUCGGCGGCGACCCCCCUCCGUCCAGCACUCACUUCGCAGGGCUCAUGGAUUUGAAGACUGUCCUCUCCCUGCCCCAGUACCCAGGGGAGUUCCUGCACCCCGUGGUGUACGCCUGCACCGCUGUCAUGCUGCUGUGCCUCCUCGCCUCUGUCAUCACCUACAUCGUGCACCAGAACGCCAUCCGGAUCAGCCGGAAAGGACGGCACACGCUCCUGAAUUUCUGCUUCCACGCGGCGCUGACCUUCACGGUGUUUGCCGGCGGCGUGAACCGCACCAAGUACCCGAUCCUGUGCCAGGCGGUGGGCAUCCUCCUGCACUACUCCACGCUGGCCACCAUGCUGUGGAUCGGGGUGACCGCCAGGAACAUCUACAAGCAGGUGACCAAGAAGGCCCUGCCGUGCCCGGGCGCAGACCACCCGCCGUACCCCAAGCAGCCCCUGCUCAGGUUUUACCUCGUCAGCGGAGGGGUGCCCUUCAUCAUCUGCGGGGUCACAGCCGCCACGAACAUCAGGAACUACGGGACGGAGAGCGAGGACGUGCCCUACUGCUGGAUGGCCUGGGAGCCCAGCCUGGGCGCCUUCUACGGGCCGGCGGCCUUCAUCGCCCUGGUCACCUGCGUCUACUUCCUGGGCACCUACGUGCAGCUGCGGCGCCACCCGGAGCGCAGGUACGAGCUCCGGGCGCGCGUGGAGGAGCAGCAGCGGCUGGCAGUGCCCGAGGCCCGCCACAGCCCCGGCGCCCGGCCCGGCUCGCUGCCCGCCUGCGACGCCCUGGCCGCCUCCCUGCUGCAGAACGAGCACUCGCUGAAGGCCCAGCUGCGGGCCGCCGCCUUCACGCUGUUCCUGUUCGCGGCCACCUGGGCCUUCGGGGCGCUGGCCGUGUCCCAGGGCCACUUCCUGGACAUGGUCUUCAGCUGCCUGUACGGCGCCUUCUGCGUGACGCUGGGGCUCUUCGUGCUCAUCCACCACUGCGCCAAGCGGGACGACGUGUGGCACUGCUGGUGGUCCUGCUGCCCCUCCCGCGGGGACGCCCACGGCGCCAAGCUCGGGGCCUGCCCCGCGCUCGACACCAACGGGGACGCCCUGGGGCACGCGGCCUGCCUGCAGGACUCGCCGUGUCUGGGGAAGCCGCGGGGCUUCGGCCCCCCGCCCGCCGGCCCCUGCAAGGUGACCAACCUGCAGGCCGCCCAGAGCCAUGUCAACUGCCUGUCGCCAGCCACGCCGUGCUGCGCCAAGAUGCACUGCGAGCAGCUGAUGGAGGACGCGGCCCACGUCCACGUGCACGAGGAGGACGCCUUCGGGCACGACCCGCACCUGCACAGGUGCCUCCAGGCCAGAACUAAGCCUCCCUACUUCGGCCGGCACCGGGCAGCCGCGGCGGAGGAGUACGCCUACCACAUCCCGUCCAGCCCCGACGGCAGCCCCCGCAGCUCGCGCUCGGACAGCCCCCCCAGCUCGCUCGAGGGCCCCGUGGGGGCGCACGCGCUGGCCUGCUGCGCCCAGGCCGACCCCUUCCCCUUGGUCAGCCAGCCCGAGGGCAGCGACGCGGGCUCGGUGCUGUACGGCUGCGCCCUGCGGCCCGGCCGGGAGUCGGCCCACGGCCCGCCGCACUUCGAGAUGCUCCGCAGAACACAGUCCCUGCCCUUCGGCGGCCCCGGCCAGAACGGGCUGCUCAAGGGCGACCUGUGUGAGGUCCUGUCCUUCAGCGCCAACGGCAUGGGCAACAUCCGGACGGGGCCGUGGAAGAACGAGACCACCGUGUAGCUGCCCCGUCCCCGCCCCACGCACGCGCCUGGUCAGAGCUGGGCCACCAGGGGAGGCCAGCAGGGCCCGCUUCUCGGAGCAGCUGGCGCCCCUGACCUGCGCUGCGACGGACCCAGCGGGAACGUGCUUUGGGCCGCGCCUGCUUCCGCUAACCCUGAGGCCAGACGGGCCGUCCGCGUCCCGGUCACUCCUGGCCCGCGGCACCCAGUCCCCGGGGCAGCCCAGGAACCGAGCAGGGAAACACCCGUGGCGCCCGGCGCCUGCCCCGCCACCCCGGCCGCGACAGGAGGUGCCACCCGGUUUCUCCAGCAUCUAGUGUGUGUGUCAUUAGGUCUGGUUCCAAGGCACGGGCAGCCUGCUGGUCGGCACAGGUGCCCUGGACCUGGGCAGUCACCACUGGCCCCUCGCCGGCCCGCGUCAGAGUCGGGGGCCCACGUCGCCACCUCCGCCUGAUGUGGCCGCCCUGGAAGCGUCACGGACACUGGGGCUUGUGACCGUGAUGCGGGCGCACGUGUGACCGUGCUCCAGGGCGCUGGCUGGGGUCUUUGAGGGGCCACGCGCCUCCUGGAAAUGCCCAAAAGCCCUUCAGAUUCGCCUGUCGCGCCAGCCUCUAUCGGGACCGUACCGCACCCCACGAGGUCACUAGGGCAGGGAAGAGGGGGGCUGGCAUUUCCAGGAACACCCGGGCACGACGCUCCGACUCAGGACGGGUGUCAGGACAGUGAGUGAAGCGAGGCUCAUCCCGCAGGCAGGGCCACGGAUGGAGGCCUGACCUCCCGGGGAACACGUGUGCAGGACUGUGCACAGCCAUCCCCCUCCCUCCCCCCAGGCCCACGCACACGUGCAGACACACGUGCGUGCACGCAUACAUGCACUCAGCACACCUGUGCACACGCACAGCCCGCGUUCCCCAGGCAUCGGAGCGCCCGUGUCAUUGCCCCCAUGGACGUCGUCUCUGGCGCCUCCGUGGCCGCGCUCUGGGCGGGGCUCCACCAGGCGCAGGCCCGUCCUACGCACGCCUGGGGGCCAGGGGUGUGUCGGGGUCCGAGGGCCACCGCUCAGCAUCUGAGCACGAGGAGCCUCGCUUCCUGGGAUUCCCGUAGACCUGACGACGUCCCACGCGCCGCGAGCCCCGCGCGUCCUCACAGGCCACCCGGACGGGCCACCAGAUGACCGCCCGGCAGUGUCCGCCUGUCCGGCCGGGCCGCCUGCUUCCGUAGCCGAGAGGACCCAGAGAGCCGACGCCGUGCUGUGUACACGCUGUAGAUGCACAACUGUCAGACAAAAUACAGUAUUUUGCACUGUU